UUAGGAAUGUUUUUAGAGCACGUGGGACUAAUAGAGUUGCCUGUCCAUGUCAGAGCUGUUUUGGUUUUCCCACUGCUUUCCCAGUCCUUCAUUUUGGGAGGAAAUCUACAUCGUAUGAAAAAUGUUAGCAAAGCAGUUAACAACAGAGUUCAUUUAGAAAGACUAAUAGUUAAUAGCAAAGACGUCUUUGUUUAGAGGCUGGGAAUUCCCAGUAUUGUGCACAUACGGGGCUUCGUUACUGGCAAAAUAUUAUAAUGGCCAAAUACAUUCAAAAGUAAUUGAUUUCAUUCAAAAGUCUUGAUGCCAUGAGAUCUGGCUUUGAAUGUAAAACAUCGUGAUGGUAUUUGUCACGUCUUCUACAGCUUUGUCCCGAAUACAUUUAAUAAUAACGUAGUUGUUAAAAAAAAAAAAAAGACCCAAAAACAUGCAAAGCGGAUAGUUCUUGGAUAAGCGCGUCAUCUUGUGGCUGAUUGGGAGGACUUCUCACUCUCUCGAUUGGCUGAGUGGAACACGUCAUACCGAUUGAAUGGCGUGUGUUUAAAAAAGAAAACGCGAAAAAAACGUUUUUAUUUUUUACGGAUUCGAUGAUUUUCUCCCGAAUAUGUUGCAGUUAUUAUAAAAAAAAUUUGAUAAAAAUGUUGCUGCCGAUACUGACAUUUUCGGAAUAUUAAAACGAGCUCUUUCAUUGGUCGAGUGGGGUCAUGUGGUACCGGUUGACUCCUCGUGUUGUAAAAACGCCAACAACUCAAACUUUAUUCGUCACGGCGUCAACAAUUUUGUCCGGAAAGGAUUUUUAAAUAACAGUGUUAUUACUUAAAAGAACAUUUAAAAAAAAAAAAAAGUUUAACAACCGUGCGCUAAAACGUGUCUAAUGUAGCCCGAGCGCGGGCGACACUUCCGGAAUAGUGUAAGCGCGCUCUCCAUUGGCUGACUGAAAGUGUGCUUUCUCUCCAUUGGAUGAGUAGAGUCAAGUGAUUACAGUCCACUCCCCGCGUGUCAAAAACUAACAAAAAAAUAAUAAUCAAUUUGUCCUGGUGUUAAUUACUUACUAUUUAAAACAACACUUCAACAUUAUUUUUAAAACAGGCAAAAUGAAAAAGUUGUUACCCAGGUGUCGCCCUCAUCCGUUUGCAAAGACUUGUGGGUAAUUGCCUGCAAGAGCAGCACGAGAGAGUAUGCCGGAAAACGCCGUUCCCUCUUGGUAGCUUUAGUUAGCACAUGUUCAUAUCUAUGCCAAGAACUUCGGCCGUGCGACUUGUGACUAUGCUUAUCGUCGACGGCGCUGUGUACUAAAUGCGCAAGAUGAGCAUCGACGAGCAUUCCUUACAAGCGCUGUCCUGGAGGAAGCUCUACCUGAGCCGGGCCAAACUCAAAGCUUCCAGCCGCACCUCGGCUCUGCUGUCCGGAUUCGCCAUGGUGGCCAUGGUGGAAGUGCAGCUGGACAACAGCUACCCGUACCCCCCCGCCCUGCUGAUCGCCUUCAGCGCCUGCACCACCGUCCUGGUGGCCGUGCACCUCUUCGCCCUGAUGGUCAGCACGUGCAUCCUGCCCAACAUCGAGGCGGUCAGCAACGUGCACAACAUUAACUCGGUCAGCGAGUCGCCGCACGAGCGUAUGCACCGCCACAUCGAACUGGCCUGGGGCUUCUCCACCGUCCUCGGAACGCUGCUCUUCCUGGCCGAGGUGGUGCUCCUCUGCUGGGUCAAGUUCUUGCCCAUCAAGCCCGGCAAGGCCGGCAACGGCACGGUGUCGGCGGGGGUGGCCGCCGCCAUCACCUCCACGUCCAUCGUGGUCCCGUUCGGGCUGGUGUUCAUCGUGUUCGCCGUGCACUUCUACCGCUCGCUGGUCAGCCACAAGACCGACCGGCAGUUCCAGGAGCUGGAGGAGCUCUCCAACCUCACCAGGCUACAGAACCAGCUGGACAAUAGAGGAGAGUCCAUUUUGCAUUCGCCGAGUUCACAUUUCCCUUAAGGCCCAACCGUUUCCAACAUCUUAACAAAAUCCCACACCACGAGAUAAUCGCUGAAGAUCAUCAUUACGAGAUCAGGAUUAUCCUGCGGUGCGGGGUGUGUUCCACACCACGAGAUACUCGCUCAGGAUCAUUCUUUAGAGACGUCUGAUUAUCGGGACUCGGCUGACGUUGAUCGAAAGAGGGGAAAAUGCUCAACUUCGUCCUGAUUAUCGCCAUGUGUGUCAGCUUUGUAUUUGCGAUUCUCGAGCCCCAAACGUUCGGGCUGUCCAGCAGUUGGACAGGAGGGGAAAAAAAACACUCUUAACACAGCCCGCACCACAGAGGGUAAUCCUUUAGUGAAGUCCAAUAAUCGGGACUUUGCUGAUGUCGAUUGCAAGGGAGAGGAAAUGCUUCAAUUCAAUGUAUGUACCCCUCCUAAAUCUUGUCCCCUAAACUUGGUGUUGAGCACGCACAUAAGGAUUGGCAAUCGUAAAUAUUGAACGGGUCUAACAUUUAUGAUUGUUGGCCCUGACUGUUAUUCAUGAUCAGUAUUGCUGGUUAUCAGUAUGUGUGUACCUCACUGAGACAAAUCCAUUCCUCACCAACAAACAACUUAUUUUCCUCCCCUUUGUUUGGUGAUGUUUCUUUUGUCAAGUUGGCAUAAAGCAUGAAACUUGAAGUCACAGUCCAAAUUGUGAGUUUUUAAUUUUUAUUUUUGAAUCACUUGAACACUCUUGUCUUGCCUGCUGUUUAUCGAUUAUCAUUCGUAGUAAUUCUUUGUCUUUUAUUUAUGCUGUACUGUCUGUUUUCUUUGUCAUCAGUAUUACUAGAUUGCAGAAUUCAUUCAUGUUUUUGCUUCUUUGACAUGUUUCCAGAACAUGAAUGGGGGGAUUUUGCUCAUUCACUUUACAGACUGUAAUGGGUUUUAUUUGUACAUCUCGCUUGGCUAGAUGAGCCGUCCUCCCCCCCAAAAAAGUACCGGUACCUUAACCACUUGGGGCUGAGCCCCACUUUGUGCACUGGAUUCCUGCAUGCAGUGGGAUUUUUUUUUAAUUUUUUUUAUUUGCAAGCUGAAAAAAUGUAGUGUGGAUCUUCAUUGUGUAACGGUGUGUGUGUGUGUGUGUGUAUAUAUACACACAGUACACACAGUAUUAGUGUGACUAAUGUACUGUACAUGUCUUCAAGCUGAUUUUGAGCACCAGGAAAAAUAAAGCACUUGUUGGCUUCUGUGCCGUU